AUGGCAUCUGGCUUCUACAACCUACUUAAAUUAUCGCUUCUGUUUUAUUCCUUUUUACUCUGCCCGGCCAAAUCAGUAAACUUCCAAAUACCUCGCUUUGACUCAAAUGCAAACAACAUUAUCUAUCAGGGUGAUGCAAGACCUUCUGUUGGAGCCAUUGAGUUUAACCUUGUGAAUUAUCUAUGCCGUGUUGGAUGGGCAACAUAUGCUGAGAAGGUGCCGCUCUGGGACUCAAGCACAGGAAGGCUCUCCGACUUCAAUACCCACUUCUCCUUUGAUAUUGUUCUCCAAAGUUCUUCUUAUGGUCAUGGUCUUGCUUUCUUUCUAGCGCCUGCUGGGUCUCAAAUCCCACCAAAUUCAGCUGGUGGAUUUUUGGGACUAUUUAACACAACAACUAGUGAUUCAUCCCAGAAUCAAAUUGUUCUUGUAGAGUUUGACACGUUUGAAAAUUCUGAAUGGGAUCCACCUGGAGUUGGAAGUCAUGUGGGGAUCAACAAAAACUCAAUUGCUUCAGCAAAUUAUACUAGAUGGAAUGCUAGCUUUCAUAGUGGAGAUACUGCAGAUGUGUUUAUUAAUUACAAUGCUUCUACUAAGAACUUAAGUGUGUCUUGGAGCUAUCAGACAACCAAUAAUCCGCAAGAGAAUUCUGGUCUUUCUUAUCAAAUUGAUCUAAUGAAGGUUUUACCUGAGUGGGUCAUGGUUGGAUUUUCAGCUGCUACAGGUCAGAAUGUAGAGCGGAAUACGCUCCAAUCUUGGGAGUUCGAUUCUAGUUUAAUUGUAAAAGCAGAAACUAGGGGCAACACACAAGAAAUAUCAAAAAUAGUUGUAGGUGUUGCAGUUCCUCUGGGUGUUCUGAUAGCUGGGACAGUUAUAGCAUUUAUGAUUUGGCAGCGGAAGAAGCAUAUGGAAAGAAGAACAGCAGAGACCACAAACUUAACAUCGAUCAAUGAUGAUCUUGAAAGAGUAGCUGGGCCUAGAAGGUUUUCCUAUUCUGAUCUUACCUCUGCUACCAAUAACUUCUCAGAACAGAGAAAGUUGGGUGAAGGAGGAUUUGGUGCAGUUUAUAGGGGUUACCUACCUGAUUUGGAAAUUGCAGUUGCUGUCAAAAGGAUUUCAAGAGGGUCCAAACAAGGGAAAAAGGAGUAUGUAACUGAAGUGAAGGUCAUUAACCAGUUAAGACACCGAAAUCUGGUGCAACUAAUUGGUUGGUGCCAUGAUAGAAAUGAUUUCUUACUUGUUUAUGAGUUCAUGCCAAAUGGUAGCCUUGAUUCGCACCUCUUUGGCAGAAGAAAGCCACUUACUUGGCCUAUGAGGUACAGAAUAUCUCUUGGAUUGGCAUCUGCACUGCUCUAUCUUCAUGAAGAGUGGAAGCAGUGUGUGGUGCACCGAGACAUCAAAUCCAGCAAUGUAAUGCUUGAUUCUAGUUUCAAUGUCAAACUUGGUGACUUUGGAUUGGCUAAACUCAUGGACCAUGAGCUAGGUCCAAAGACAACUGGGUUGGCUGGAACUUUAGGCUACUUGGCUCCAGAAUACAUAAGCACAGGUAGGGCGAGUAAGGAGUCAGAUGUUUUUAGCUUUGGAGUGGUCAUUUUAGAAAUUGCAACUGGAAGAAAAUCUGUCGAUCCUGGAGGAAAAUCUGAAAUGGGACUGGCAGAAUGGACUUGGGGUCCUUACGGAAAAGGAGAGCUAUUUUUGACUGUUGAUGAGAAGUUGAACAAGGAUUUUGAUGAAAAACAAGCAGAGCGUGUGAUGAUUGUUGGACUGUGGUGUGCUCACCCUGACCAUAAUUCGAGGCCAUCAAUUAGGCAAGCAAUUCAAGUUCUUAAUUUUGAGUCAGCAAUGCCAAAUCUUCCAGCCAAGAUGCCUGUUCCUAUGUAUCAUGUACCUUCAACAGUCACCUCUGAGGAACCUUUAAUAACUUAUUCAAGCAUGGAAGUGGGUCGUUAG